UGAAACUUCCUUGUCUUUUCAGAAAGUAAAGUCGACACUCUGAAAAGAAAAUGAUAAUGCGUGGAAAAGCAGCCUUUGAAUAAAAUUAUUGAAGUUAUGUCGGAGGUGGGGUCAGGGGUGUCUUCCAACAGUGUAACUAGCAAUAAUGCGAUCACCCAUAUUGGAAUUCCUUUAUCGGAGAGAUUGAACUGUUUUCGACAACCACAAGUCUUCUCUGCUCUCCGACUUUCUCUUCUUUUCUUGAAUCUCACCUCUUGUUUCUUUCAUCUCUCAAGGCAAGGAAUGGAUUGUGUGAGCCCAAUCUUGGAUGUUGUCACUCGCGUAUGGGACUGCACAGCCAAGCAUGCAGUCUACAUCAGGGAUCUGCAGGAAAAUAUGGACUCGUUAAGAAACGCAAUGCAGGAGCUGAAGAACGCAUACCAGGAUGUGAAGGGAAGAGUUGAACUUGAAGAGCAACGGCAAAUGAGGCGCACAAAUGAAGUGGACGGCUGGCUCCAUAGCGUCCUAGCCAUGGAACUAGAAGUCAACGAGAUCCUGGAGAAAGGCGAUCAGGAAAUCCAGAAGAAAUGCCCUGGAACUUGUUGCCCCAGAAACUGCCGGUCCAGCUACAAGCUCGGGAAGAAAGCGAGUAAAAAGCUGGGUGCUGUGACUGAAUUAAGGAACAAGGGACGCUUUGAUGUUGUGGCUGAUAGGUUACCUCAAGCUCCGGUGGAUGAGAGGCCGAUGGAGGAGACUGUGGGCUUAGAUCUGAUGUUUACAGAGGUUUGCAGAUGCAUCCAAGAUGAGGAGCUGGGAAUUAUUGGGUUGUACGGAAUGGGGGGUGCCGGGAAAACUACCCUCAUGACCAAAGUCAAUAAUGAGUACUUCAAAACAUGCAAUGACUUUGAAAUCGCCAUUUGGGUUGUAGUAUCCAGGCCAGCAAGUGUGGAAAAAGUACAAGAAGUCAUUCGCAACAAGUUAGACAUCCCGGAUAAUAGAUGGAGAAACAGAACCGAGGAUGAAAAGGCAGUAGUAAUUUUCAAUGUCUUGAAGGCAAAAAGGUUUGUGAUGCUGCUAGAUGAUGUAUGGGAGCGGCUUGAUCUCCAAAAAGUGGGGGUUCCUUCUCCUAAUUCCCAAAACAAGUCCAAAGUAAUAUUAACAACCCGUUCUCUGGAUGUUUGUCGGGAUAUGGAAGCUCAAAAAAGCCUUAAGGUGAAGUGUUUGACAGAAGAUGAGGCUAUUAAUUUGUUCAAGAAGAAGGUUGGAGAGACUACUCUAAAUUCACAUUCGGAUAUACCCCAACUUGCUGAAAUUGCUGCUAAAGAAUGCAAAGGCUUACCUCUUGCACUCAUCACUAUUGGGCGAGCUAUGGCUGGCAAGAACACUCCACAAGAAUGGGAGAAAGCAAUCCAAAUGUUGAGGGCUUAUCCAUCAAAGUUUUCAGGUAUGGGAGAUCGUGUAUUUCCGGUCCUCAAAUUCAGUUACGAUAACUUGCCAAAUGACACCAUCAAGACUUGUUUUUUAUAUCUUGCUAUAUUCCCAGAGGACCAUGAAAUUAAGGAUGAGGAUCUUAUAUUCCUUUGGAUUGGAGAAGGGUUUUUGGAUGCAUUUGCUAGCAUAGAUGAAGCAUUUAAGCAAGGGCACCACAUCAUUGAGCAUCUAAAGACAGUAUGUCUAUUCGAGAAUGAUAGAUUUGAUUGGAUUAAAAUGCAUGAUGUCAUUCGUGAUAUGGCUUUAUGGUUAGCUUCAGAAUAUAGGGGCAAUAAGAACAUAAUCUUGGAAGAAGAAGUUGACACUAUGGAAGUUUACCAAGUUUCAAAGUGGAAAGAGGCACAUCGGCUAUACUUGUCGACUAGUUGGGAAGAACUCACUAAACCACUAUCUUUUCCCAAUCUCUUGACUUUAAUUGUUGGUCACUUCAGAAUAUUGCCAAGUGGAUUCUUCCAUUUCAUGCCUGUUAUAAAAGUUCUGGAUUUGUCAAAUACUAGAAUAACUAAAUUACCUACUGGAAUUGGUAAAUUAGUUUCACUGCAAUAUCUCAAUUUGUCAAAUACACAUCUAAGAGAAUUGUCUACGGAGUUUGCGACUUUGAAAAGACUAAGAUGUCUGAUAUUAAAUAAUAGACUUGAAAUAAUUUUUAAGGGAGUAAUAUCAUGUCUCUCAAUGUUGAGACUUUUUAGCUUCCGAAUUCUCUUGUCAUCUACAGACAAGGAGGAAGCCAAAUAUUCAAGGAAGGAUGAUAAGGCUAUUUAUUUACAUGAGGAUAAUAAAGCAUUAUUAGAGGAGUUAGAAGGGUUGGAGCACAUAAAUUGGGUUUCUUUGCCCAUUGUAGGUGCUCUAUCUUUCCAAAAGUUAUUGAACUCCCAAAAAUUACAGAAUGCUACGAGGCGUUUACACCUUCGGAACUUGGAAGGUAUGAGCAUGCUCCAAUUGCCAAGAAUCAAACAUCUGCAUAGCCUUACAAUAUAUGGAGGUGGGGAGCUACAAGACAUAAAAGUCAAUCUAGAAAAUGAGAGGGGUAGACGGGGAUCUGUAGCAGAUUCUAUCCCAAACUCAAUUUUCUACAACCUCCGCAGGGUAGAGGUUGAUGAACUUCCAAAGUUGUUGGACUUGACAUGGCUUAUUUACAUCCCAAGUCUUGAAUUUCUUGCUGUAGGAGAAUGUGAAUCCAUGGAAGAAGUGAUAGGUGAUACGAGUGGGGUCCCUGAAAAUCUUGGCAUAUUCUCAAGACUUGAAGAUUUGUACUUAAGUCACCUACCAAAUCUAAGGAGCAUAAGCAGACGAGCUUUGCCAUUUCCUUCCUUGAAAACCCUCUACGUGACGCACUGCCCAAACCUAAGGAAGUUGCCAUUGGAUUCAAACAGUGCAAGAAACAGUUUAAAGACAAUUAGAGGGACACCAGAGUGGUGGCAAGGGUUGCAGUGGGAGGAUGAAACCAUUGAACUCACUUUCACUUCCUACUUCAACAAAUAGAGCCUGUCUGAAGAAAUCAUAGAACGGUGGAGAGAAGCUGCACUCCUUCCUUCUUCCAACCCUUUACCUGCUUCUCCCACGCUCUCUCAGGACAAGUCUUUGAAGAAUACUUGACUCAGCUGAAACUCCUCGCAAUUGUUGGAUCACUGGAUGCUUUGUGUGCAUAGCAUGGAUGGGUUGCAUAAAUAGUCAUUUAAAAAGCAAAAAAAAAAAAAAAAAAAUUCUUGUAUUUGUAUUGUGUGUAAAGUUGAGUGAAAAAUUCUCUUGUGUGUAAGGUGUGAAGCUACUGCCCCUCAAUAAAUGUAAGAUAUCUGAUUUUAGGUAUCUAAAAGUUGGUCUUGAAACUAUCCUAUAGUGGUAUUUAAAAUGAACAGUCAUAAGAAGAAGAUGAUUUUACAGGUGGACGUGGUUUUUGAAACAAAUUUUAGGUAAUAUUUUAUUAUAUGUGUUU